UCUCUAACGGUCUCAGCACAUCUUCCCAAACAGGAAAAGCUCCAGAUGUCCCUGGAACUUACGAGGAAAGAGAUGGAAGAGGCCUUGACUCAGGAGGCCAACAUGGGGAAGAAAACUGUCAUUUGGAAGGAGAAAGUGGAGACGCAGAGGCAGCGCUUCAGGCUGGAGUUCGAGAAGUACCGCAGCUUCCUGGCCCAGGAGGAGCAGCUGCAGCUGCGGAGGCUGGAGCAGGAGGAGCGCGCCACGCUGCAGCGACUCCGAGAGGGCCAGAGGCAGCUGGCGCAGCGUGGCAGGGCCCUGAGGGAGCUGGUGCAGGAGCUGGAGGACCGCUGCAGGCUCCCAGCCUUGGAUCUGCUGGAGGGGGUGAGAGGAGCCUUGAGCCGAAGUAGAAGUGUCGCAGCGCUGGAGCCAGAGACCAUCCCCAUGGAGCUGAAGACAAUGUGUCGCAUCCCUGGGAUGAGAGAAAUGUUGAAGAAGUUCCAAGUUGAUGUAAAGCUGGACCCUGCCACAGCUCAUCCUAGCCUCCUUUUGACUGCUGACCUGCGCAGUGUGCAGGAUGGAGAACUGUGGAGGGAUGUGCCCAACAACCCCGAGCGAUUUGACACGUGGCCCUGUAUCCUGGGUUUGCAGAACUUCUCAUCAGGAAGGCAUUACUGGGAAGUCGUGGUGGGAGAAAGAGCAGAGUGGGGUUUAGGAGUCUCUGAAGACACAGCGCCAAGAAAGGGGGAAACUACACCAUCUCCCGAGAAUGGAGUCUGGGCCAUGUGGCUGUUGAAAGGAAAUGAGUACAUGGUCCUUGCCUCCCCAUCAGUGCCUCUCCUCCACCUAGAACGGCCUCGUUGCAUUGGAAUUUUCUUGGACUAUGAAGCAGGUGAAAUCUCCUUUUAUGACAUCACUAAUGGGUCUUACAUCUACACAUUCAACCAACUGUUCAAUGGUAUUCUCCGACCUUACUUUUUCAUCUGUGACACAACUCCUCUUAUCUUGCCACCUAUGACAGAAGCAGAGUCAGGAAAUAGUGCAUCCAGCAGUCAUCCUGACCCUGCUUCUAAUGUUAGAGAUGACCAUUCCUAAAAUUCUGUUUGGAGAUACACUCUAAGUGUAGCAAUUCCCUGGAGUGGAAUGGAGGAUAUAUUUUGUAUUAAACAAAUAUAUCUAUAUAUUCAUUAUAUUUUUCUCAUUCCUUUCCAUAUCCUUUCAUUUCAAAUCUUCCACAUAUUAACAAUUAUAAAUUGCAGUUCUUUUUUUAAAAAUAGUUUUUAAAAUUUUUCAAUUACCAUUGACACACAAUAUAUUAGUUUCAGGCAU